AUGGCUGUCGACUCCCCCAUCGCUCCCAAUGGGAUGGGCUUAAGCCUGAAGCCCAAUGGCGCAACAGGUACACCAAUCCCUCCUACUGCCAAGCUCACCGACAUGAUGCCUUUGUAUAGGCCGACUAAGCUUUUUCGCCGUGAACCAUCAGCUUCUGCCACGAACAAAGCUUCCUCAGUUCAAAGCUCUAUACUUUCGAUCAGCUUUGAUGACCAGGGCAGCCUGCUUCUCACCUCUGAGAGUGACAACAGCAUGCAGAUAUAUAAUGUCGUUGAAGGGAAGCACGACAAGACUCACCUAAGUCAGAAAUAUGGCUGUAACCAUGCCAUGUUCGCCCAUGCCAAGGGAUGCAUUAUUCACUCCAGUACUAAGAUAAACAACACCAUAAGAUACUUAUCCACACAUGAUAACUCUUACUUGCGGUACUUCGAAGGCCAUGAGAAGAACGUCACGUGCCUGGCUUUACACCCUGGCCAAGAUCACUUCCUCUCCUGCAGCGAAGACAAUACUCUCCGAAUAUGGGAUGUAUCUACCAAGAACGCAUGCGGAAAACUCCUAUUGAAUGGCGCAUAUCUCACAGCCUGGGAUCCAUCAGGCAACGUCUUUGCAGUAGCAUCUCCCACGGCUCAAUCUAUCUUGCUGUAUGAUUUCCGAAACUAUGACAAGGAGCCCUUCUCAACAUUUGAUAUCUUGCCCUAUUCCCAAGACUCGGUCAUCAAAGGUUGGAAUAAGCUAGAGUUCUCCAAUGAUGGAAAAAACCUGCUACUGGGAACCACUGGCCGCAGCCACUUCCUCCUAGAUGCUUUCGAUGGGAGUCUGAAGGCGCAUCUACGACGCGAUGAGAGAGGGGGAGCCAGGCGAUUAGCUGCUGGCGAACACAAUCCAGAACACAUAGAUGCCAGCUCAAGUGAGUACCGGCUGCCAAGCACUGGCGACUGUUGCUUUAGCCCUGACGGACGAUACGUCAUCAGCGGCUCAAGGCGAGAAAAUGUAUUGGUUUGGGAUACUAUGGCUGCAGCUCAAGAUAAGAAUCUCAAGCCAUGCCACGAGCUGGAAUAUAAGGGUGACUCGGCUGUCGUUGCUUUCAACCCGAGGUGGAACUUCUUUGCGACGGGCGAUAAGGAGGUGGUGUUCUGGGUUCCAGAUCGGGAUUUGAUGACUUCUUGA